CCAUAUUAUGUCAAUAACUCCCCGACCUAUCACUGCAGAUUUUUAGCCAAUGCUACAGCCAGUAUUGCAGUUUUAUCACCAACGAAAGUUCUAAACUAGAAUUCUCCAUCAAAAUGGUGAUACUCCACAUAAAGCGAGGCGACGAGAGCCAGUUCCUCUACGAGACAGUGGUCACGCAAGCGGUAGACGACGUGGUGAGCGACGUGGCGGUGAUCUUCAACGGACGGCUGAAGGUGGAGAGGAUCUGCUAUGAGCUGGAAGAGUUGGGGAAGUAUGGGACUUACCAGCCUCCGGAGAUGCAGGGGUUGACUGAGGAGCAGAUAACGGAGCUAAAACUCCAAGACCCGUGGGCCAAAAAGUGCGCCCCACAGAACUACGUCAUAGAGAAGGAUCCACUAGGCCGGCGCUGUGGGCUGGCGCCCCCCCCACACAUGCAGACAGUGCUGACGACAGCUGCUGGCGUGGCCAAGGAGUGCGUUAGUAAGAAACAUGUGGACCUCCGCAAACCACUCACUCAAAAAGACGUGGCGCGCGCUCUAGCCGAACUCCGCGGGGCGACACAGAUCGUGUUUCCUGGUGGUCUCCCUCCCCACGACCCUGUGAGGAUGGAGCUGGACAAUGUGGAGGAUCUGACGGAGAAGCAGGCGGGGAAGGAGGUCAUCGACCCCGCCAGGGCGUGUCUGUGGGUGUGCGGGAAGAAACUGUUGGCGGGGAAUAAGUUGAGCGACCAUUUGGGUACCAACGACAAGUGCAAGGUGGUGGCCAAGCUGUGCCACGCGGCCGAGCCCGCGCCGGGAAGGGAACCCGUGAUGACGGAGGACGAGAGGAAAGAUCUUAUGCUCCACGCUUAUAGAAAACAAGAAGAAUGGAAGAAGCUGGAGGCAGACGAUGACGACCACUACAUGGACUCCAGGUGGGCUGACGGGGCACAGAUGAAGAAGCAACUCCACGGCCUCAAUGACAUAUCUUGGAAACCGACAGUCUUCAAGAAGUAAACAGUAAACGGUAUCGUACGCACCGCUCCAAACGGCUUGUCACAAAUGUAUGUAGAAACGACCUCGGCAAUGCCAAUGAAGUAGACGCAUUUGU